AAUCUGAUGAGUGUCAGUUACCUUUAUACGUACGGUGACAUUUGGUUAGCUUUUAUUUCCAAGGAAAGGUUUUGCAUUAUUUCGUCACUCUAAGAUUUUUAUUCCAAACGGCUGUAUUUGUGCAGCGGCUUGCAGACAGCUUUCCUUCUUGCAGAAGUAGACUAAGAUCAUAGCGGUCUGUCUAAUUUAAUAACUUCCCGUGCCUGGGACGAAACUAAAGCUAGAAGAAGGAGUAUUGAAAGCCACGUUCCGUUUUUGUAUAACUGUACGUACUGAUACAUAAUUGGGUAACACAUGGCUUCUCGUGCUGGUCCGCGAGUAACUGGAACAGAUGGCAGCGACUUUCAGCAUCGAGAGAGGGUAGCCUCUCAUUAUCAGAUGAGUGUGGCCUUGAAGUCUGAGAUUAAAAAACUAAUAUAUGCACAUGUACUUUUGUGGUUACUUCUCACAGCCCAGAUGCUGGUCUCCCACCUAAAAAUAGUGUCUCACGAUGUGGUGGCCAUGCCUUAUCAGUGGGAAUAUCCCUAUCUUCUCAGCAUCAUUCCUUCAUUCUUUGGUUUCAUUUCAUUCCCUCGCAACAACAUUAGCUACCUUGUAAUCUCCAUGAUCAGUACUGGCCUCUUCUCUAUUGCGCCAAUAAUUUAUGGAUGUAUGGAGAUGUUCCCCAUGGCUCAACAGCUGUAUCGUCAUGGCAAGGCUUACCGAUUUAUAUUUGGCUUUUCUGCAGUGUCAGUCUUGUAUCUGUUCAUUGUGGUUGCUGUUCAGGUGCAUGGCUGGCAGAUCUACUAUAGCAAGAAGCUGUUGGACUCUUGGUUUACUUCAACUCAAGAAAAGAAAAAGAAGUAAAACUUAAAAAUGGUAAAUUUGUGACUGGAAUAAUUGAUACUGUGCAGACCAAGGGCAUAAUAUACUGGAAAGAAAUAUUUCCUGACUGCUUUAAAUUUUUAUUUUGCAUAAUUGCAGUUGCUAAGUGAAAUACAUGUUUGUUUUAGCCAAAUUUUCAAGACAUUGAGUAGCUCAGGUCUUAAAAACAACACGACCAAGUUAAUAGUCUAAUAUUUUCACUUGUGAAUCAACAUGCCCCUUUGUUUCUCAUACAUACCCAAAGUGAGAGAAUUUUAAGCCUGCUGUGGCCUUGACUGCAAAACUUUGAAGUGCUUAGCAGAGGGUCUGGAUUUUUCUCCUUUCUGGGAAGGUUUAUAUCGAUUUUAAAUUUGCAAAUCUUGUUUUGACAAUGCGUAGAAUUGGUGUUGGAAUCGUCCAUGUCCUCUAAUUGACAGGGGUCUUUGUUGCUAGGAAUGAGAUUCAAGUCCAUUUUGGCAUCAUCUGUGCCUAAAAAUAUUCAUAUGAUUGCAAUACAUACUACUGUAGAGCAUUGUUUAUUAAAAAGCCUUUCACAUCUGUGUGAGGUUUGAUUUGCUACUUUAAUAUUUGGCAUUCAUUGUUCUAAGAUAGAUGCAUGAAUUGGUGUAUUAUAAUUUUAAAGUAGCAGACAGAGAAAUUGUUUAAUGAAAAUAAAAUGUUAUUUUGAAACAAAAUUCUUUUGACAAAAAACUGGAGGUAUUUUAAUAUAGAAAAAAUCUUCUGAAAUGGUGAUUCAUCUUACUGUAUUAUUACAGUGGCAUAUAGCCCUUAAUCCAUUUAAAUGCGAAAGAAACCUUUUUUUUUUGAAAAUGUUUUUCCAUGCCUUGUAAGUGACAUUGCGCUAACAGACUGAUUGAGUUUUUCAAGUGACCAAAACAGAGAGGUUGAAUUGAUUUUUUUUUUUUUAAGUUUUUGCAUAGCAUUUUUAAUUAAAGCAGUGCUGCCAUUUAGAUUUUUUUCUGAGUAUUUUUCUGGGUAUAGAUGAGGAAAUUUUGAAGUGGGAGCCCAGAUAAUAUUAAUAGGUAAAAAAGCCACCAAAAUGAUGUAGCCUCCUAAUUGAACAUCCCAGUCUGUGGUUACUGUUAUGAUUGUUAUUAUUAUGCAUUGGGAGAAUAACAAAAAUUAUCAUAAGCAUACUUGACAAGUGAAAGACAAAUACAAGUUUUUCACAUGCGUACAUUUUUCUUCCUAAAUAUGAACAGUUGUAUAACAGAGAAAUUUAGUGUUAACAUAUGCAAACAUUUGUCACAUUACAUGGCACAGUAGUAAAGUUUUAUUUUGUAGUUAUGAUCACUUUUAUUUACCCCCCUUACAAUGAUUAUACCAUUUAAAGUUAUUUACUUUUUCCACUUAAAAUUAUUAUAAUACUCGAAUUUUUGACUAAAUUGGUUAAAGGCUGCUAACUGUUAAUGGGCUGCUCCGUGUAUCCAUAGGGCACAGUUUGAUUCCUUCUACCUCUGUCUGCUGUGUAACUCUGAGCAAGUUGCUAAACCAGUCAGUACUCUCUGGUUACCUCUGAAAAGGGACUGUUGUGUCCAGUGGGCUUACAUGGCUAACAAAUGUAUAUAAAACAAAUAUUUUAUCCUUACUUUUAACACAGAAGAGCCACUAACUUAUGACUGUACUCACCAUAAAAGUAAGGGGUGCCAUUUGUGUAAGAAUGUGCAUGUUGGAUAAUUACAAAAUGUCUUUUAAAUAAUGUCACUGAUAUAAAAUGGCAAGGUUGCAGUCAGGAGCUGUGUUUCUCUGUACUGUACAGCAGUGAGGUAAAUGUAGCAUGCCAUGAUGUUGAUCAGGUCAUAUAAUUUGUCUGUUAGUAAAUUUAAUUUUCAUUGUUGUAAUAUAAACAAAAUCUCUGGCUUGCAAAAUAAUUAUAUUUAAUAAAUAGUGUGUAGCCUG